GCCCGAGGCCCCGGCUCCGGGCAAGACCGCCAGGCCCCCGGCCCCCGGCGAAGGAGGAAAGGGCCGAGCCGCUGGCUCCUGGGUGAAGAGUUCGGAGUUGAGUCCGGCCCCGAUGUCCCGGCAGCGCCGCUGAGCCGCAGGGAGGCGGUCCGGCAUCAGCUCCGGGAUUUGGGGAGCCCCGAGAGCUGGAGAUCCUGGAGCCUGAACCAUAAUUGAAUUACUGACUGAGUCUGACUUGCUGUGACCAGACCAGUCUUUCAUUUUUCAAGAGCUCAUCCAGUCAGAGCCGCCAAAAUAGCUGGGCCAGGCAAGAAGCGAAGAAAUCCUGAGCCAGACCCCAUUAGUGACGCAAGCAGCGCUCCUGUGUUGGCCAAGAAACUGAAAAUGGCCGGCACGGCUGAGAACAGGAGGAAACUGGGUUGGAAUCCGGAGGAGGCCACAAACAAGAAGAAACUGAAGGACAAAGUCAACCAAGAGAACAAGGAUGGAAAGACAACUGUCGGUGGUGAGCCCAAGAAAGAUUUGCCAAGCAAUGAGGAUGCAUUGCAAGGGAUAUACAGUAACGAGCUGUUCAUAGACUGGAAACAGAAUGCAGAUGAGGUCAUAGUGAAGCUGAAGCCAGGAGAGGGGAACCUGCAAGUUGAUGAAGUUGAUGCAGCUUUCACAGACACAGGCUGUGUGGUUACACUGCCAGAUGGACGCCAGUGGAGUUGUCACUUCCAUGAAGAGAUUGAGAGUUCAUGCAGCAAACUGCAAUACAAGGAGAAGGGCAACUUCCUCCAGCUUAUCAUGCCAAAGAAGAUUCCUCUGCACACAUGGUCAUCCCUCAUGAAGAAGGGUAAAGAACAGACUGCUGUGAUUCUGCCCAGAAACACUGGGAAGGAGAAGGCUUUGUUCAGUGAAGAAGUCACUGAAGAAGUGAAACCAGGAGGAUCUUCUGACAGCAUUGAGAAGCGGAAAACAAAAGCUGAGCGCAGGCUGAAACGUCCAAUCAACGUGAAGGUGUCGGGAAAGAUGGAAUCGCCUCCCGAACCUGGGGUGAAGCGUACCAUCCAAUGCAAGGAUCCAGGCAACACUUCAACCAUCCCUGAGCCAGUUCCAACACAAACUGUUUUAGUGAAGUCCCCAGAAGGAGUGGAUACUGUUUGUCUUGAGCAGGACAUAAAGUCUGCAGUAUGUCCACAAAGUCUAACAAGUGAACUGAGUACCAGUGAUGCUGAUGGAGGACUGACUGACCCCUUGGUUGAGAAUAAAGUGAAGAGAAAUGGCCGUGGUCCCCAGGGAGACUGGCACAUGGAGGAUAAAAGUGGUACGGUAAAUGCUGCCAGAGCAUCGGCUGAAAAAGCUGAGAUCGAUGUGACUGAGAAAGAGAAACUGCUGCCCAAGAAACAGGAUGUCAGUGCUAUAACAGCUGGUUUUCUCUGUGAGGCUGUGGCAAAGGCUUCAGCUGAUGUAGGUGUUCCUAUGGAACAGAUAGUGAAUGCAGCAGAGGUUGAAACUCUGGAAACUGCUGGAGACAGGAUUGGGGUUUCUGAAACCGCAUUGGAGGAACCUGCGACUCCGAGCCCUUCUCAGCACAAGAACACUAUUGGAACAUCUUUUGGAAAGCAGGUGAACUCUGUUGAAGAAAUAACUGGAGAAAUACUUCCAAUGAAAAGACCUGUGGAAGAUGCUGCUGUACCGCCUAGCUCAGCUGUGGGCAAUACCAGUCAGAAAAAGGAGCAUGCCAAGGAACAAGUUGAAGUUCCAGAUAAUUAUGUGAAUCUGAACUUUGUUAAAUAUGACUCCUAUGAGAAAGGCACAGAUGCUAUGGUGGUGCAUGUAUACGUGAAGGAGAUCUGCAAAUCUGUAUCCAAGGUGCUUUUCCGAGAACAGGAUUUCACACUUAUUUUUCAAACAAGCCAUGAGCCAUUUCUGCGUAUCCACCCUGAGUGCGGACCAAACACCAUCUUCAAAUGGCAGGUUAAAGUUCGGAAUCUCAUUAAUCCAGAGCAGUGCCAGUACACCUUUACAACCUCGCGCAUCGAUAUCAGUUUGAAGAAAAGACAGAAUCAGCGUUGGGGAGGACUUGAAGCUCUAGUGACACAAGGUGCAGUGGGGGGUGCGAAAGUAGCUGUGCCCGCAGGCCCACCUUCGCUGGAUAAGGCACAGCCUGGGAGCAGCCAGCACACACUUCCUCCCAAGGAGGAGCCACGUUCUAAUGAGAAAGAGAAAAUGCGCACAGAGGAGGCCAGCCUUGAGUCAGUGGCAAUCAGGUCUACACCCGACAAUGUGCAGAUUAAGCAGGACACUCUUGUAACGUCGCCCAAGCCCACCUGCAUGGUGACCCCAAUGACUCAUGGCAUUUCCAACACCGAGCACACUGAAGAGGAAGAAGAGGAGGAGGAGAAGAAGGUCUGCCUGCCAGGCUUCACAGGACUGGUCAACCUGGGGAACACUUGCUUCAUGAACAGCGUGAUCCAGUCACUGUCCAAUACACGAGAGCUCCGUGAUUACUUCCAUGAUCGAUGUUUUGAGUCUGAAUUAAAUUACAACAAUCCUCUGGGAACUGGUGGCCGCCUGGCCAUUGGCUUUGCGGUGCUGCUGCGGGCCCUGUGGAAAGGAACACACCAUGCCUACCAGCCAUCGAAGCUAAAGGCUAUUGUAGCGAGUAAAGCAAGCCAAUUCACUGGUUACGCUCAACAUGAUGCUCAGGAAUUCAUGGCGUUUCUGUUGGAUGGCCUCCAUGAGGACCUCAAUAGAAUACAGAAUAAACCAUACACCGAGACCGUGGAUUCUGAUGGGCGCCCAGAUGAGGUGGUGGCAGAGGAGGCCUGGGAACGUCACAAGAUGCGAAAUGAUUCCUUUAUCGUGGAUCUCUUCCAGGGUCAGUACAAGUCAAAGUUGGUGUGCCCCAUAUGUUACAAGGUGUCGAUCACAUUCGAUCCAUUCCUCUACCUGUCCGUUCCCCUGCCACAGAAGCAGAAGUUGCUGACUGUUUAUUUUUUUGCCAAGGAGCCUCAUAAGAAGCCAGUAAAGGUCUUGGUGAGUGUGAGUAAGGAGAAUGCGAGUGCAGCCGAUGUCCUUGACGCGAUCUCCCGCAAUAUGAAAGUGAAAGCUGACACACUACGACUGACGGAGGUUGCAAGGAAUAGGUUCCAUCGGGUAUUUCAAACGUCUCAAUCCCUGGAUACAGUUUCCCCCAGUGACACACUCUUCUGCUUUGAAGUGUUGACUAAGGAUCUUGCAAAGGAGAGGGUGCUUGAAUUGAAUGUACAACAGCGACUGUUAAUCCCUAACAUCCCAAUCAACAAAUGUGCUGCCUGUCAGAAGCCACAGCAGCCUGAUGAAAAGUUGCGGCGAUGUACUAGUUGCUACCGAGUCGCCUACUGCAACCAGACUUGUCAAAUGAACCAUUGGUCAGAUCAUAAAAACCAGUGCAGGGCAGAGAAUAUUGGUUGUCCCUUCAUAAUCAGCGUUCCCGAGUCCCGGCUCACAUAUUCCAGACUCGCACAGCUGCUGGAGGGAUAUUCGAGGUAUUCGGUAAAUGUGUUCCAGCCCCCAUUCCAGCCAGGCCGGAUCUCGCCAGACCCACCACCUUGUAAAGUGGAGAAUGUACAGCCCAGCCCUGGAACUACUACCACCUCUGAGAUAGGUGAUGGAAAGAUACCCCAGGAGCUUCAGCAGAGAGAUAUCAGGCCUGUGCACCGUGCUUAUUUAACCAGCUCUGUUUCUGAGCCCCUGCUGGCUUCUGCUUUCUCAAAGGGGAUGAGUAUGCCAGGUAGAGACAAAGAUUCCAUUCACAGCUACGACUCUGGAUUCUCAGAAAUGCAGCCAUUGUCACAGGAAGACACUGGAUGUGAGAAGGAAACCUCUUACGAAAAAGCUCCGAAGCCCGAAGCUGCAAUCCCUGGUUACCAGCAGCCAGUUGAGUCUGUGCGCUUCCACACGCCACAGUUUUACAUCAAAAUCAUUGACGCUUCAAACAAAGAGCAGAAAAUGGAAGACAAAGGUGAUGCUCCAUUGGAGUUGCCAGACAGCGUCUCUCUGGCAAUGGUAUGGAAAAACAAUGAGAGACAGAAGGAAUAUGUGUUAGUGGAAUCCAAGGAGUUGGAGUAUAUUGAAGAUCCCAGUUCAGCCAAUGAGGCAGCCAGAGCUGGCUACUUCACACUAGAACAGUGCCUGAAUCUUUUCACCAAACCUGAGGUGCUGGCGCCUGAGGAAGCUUGGUAUUGUCCUAAAUGUAAACAGCACAGAGAGGCAUCCAAGCAGUUGAUGCUGUGGUGGCUCCCGAAUGUACUCAUCAUCCAAUUGAAGCGUUUCUCCUUCCGCAACUUCAUCUGGAGGGACAAGAUCAAUGACAUGGUGGAGUUCCCCAUUAGAAAUCUGGACCUGAGCAAGUUCUGCAUUGGUGUGAAGGAUGUCCGACAGCCCCCUGUUUAUGAUCUCUAUGCAGUAAUUAACCACUACGGUGGGAUGAUUGGGGGCCACUACACCGCCUAUGCACGUCUACCCAAUGACAAGAACAGCCAACGCAGUGACGUCGGUUGGCGUCUUUUUGAUGACAGCACUGUCACCACAGUUGAUGAAAGUCAGGUGGUUGCACGGCAUGCGUAUGUGCUGUUCUACCGUCGCCGUAAUUCUCCAGUGGUAAGGCCAUCGCGAACGAGAACUGCCACCCGUGGAACAGAGUGCACAGCUGAAGCAGAAGGAACAGCCUCCCAGGCUUCUAGUCAGGCAGCACGGGGAGCAGAGCAGGAGCCCGAAGAAGCUCCCCAGCUGAGUCCGGACUCGGUGUCUGACUUGUUCACACGUCCUGCGGACCACUGCACUCCAGCCUAUGGAAACGUGGAAGAAGUAGACUGAUGAUUGGUCUGAUCAUGGGGACUGUGUAUAAACUGCAUGUCGCAGCAAGAUGCCUGGCACUUUGGACACAAAAAAAAUCUGUACAACCCCCAACUCAUAAAACUAAUUUAUUCUCCGCCCCUUCCUCCCCCACACCACACCUUCCUUCCCUCUCCCUCUUCUCUGGGUCCUUGAAUUGUAGCCCGUAGAAACGAGGAUUGAUUUGUCUUGGUGCUUUUGUAUUGUUGAUGCCAUUCUGAGGUGAAGAUGCUGCUGAAAUGGGUUUUUAAAGGUGAUGUGAACAAAUAUAUGUGAUGACGGUUCUGCUGCCAUUGUGCAUAUUAUGGAUUAUCAAGUACAUGGAUGCACACUCAGUUGUGGCAAGAACAUCUGCAUCACCCUGUUUGCAGUUGUACCUCUUUUUGAUUUUAGAAUCUCUCUCCAAAUCCACUUUAUGCAUAUAGAAAAAAAGACCUUGGAUGUGUACAGCAUGAUAUCCUGAACCUUAAAAAAAAAGCAAUGGAGAAUUGUUUUUGUGUCGAUUGCAUGUUAAGGUGGUAAGUAAUGAAGGAGGAGCUGUGCCAGGAGUUUCAUGGUGCUCAUCAGCGUCUGUGAGAACCACUGGACUCAUCUCUGGAAUAAUAUGCUUGAUGAGGCAAAUCCUGUUUCUGAAGUGGAGGAUGGUGGUGAUGAGAGGAUGUAUGAAUUGAAUGGUCUUUUGGGUGAGAAUAGUGGAGUGGGUUUUGUUUUUGGCCUUUGUUCUGCAAGCAGUUACGUUUUGCAUAAAAGCAAAUCCCAUCUUUUGAAAAUUGAAAUUUUAUCCAAAGCUCCCUUUAAGGCUCCCACCUUUGUUUGGUCCCGGGAAUCUCUCGUGUUGGAGGCACUGGGCUUUGUGUGCGUACAUGUUUUUCCUCUGCUGCAUUUGGGAUUAAAAAAUGGAUUUUAGGUUCUCACAACAGAGUGGGCUCUGUAUCUGAACGUACCCUCCUGUUAAUUCCUGCAUGUUACAACAAAGAAUGACGAUUACUGUAAAACGUGAAAAUUCAAUUUGGAUCAUUUAAAGAUUCCUUGCAGUGAAAUUACCCAGAAAAUUGAAUUUAUUGUGUCUAGUGUUUUAAAGAUCCUUGCUAGAAGUUGGAAAUUCAUUUCUGGCAUGCCUCAGGUUGUGAUUUGAGGGUGCGAAAUGUACUUGAUUGAAAGCUGCAGCCAUACAAAUUCUUUGUAAAUUUUAGUCUCAGCUGUUUGGAAGAUUAGGAAUGGAAUGAACCUUUUGCAUCCAACAAAGGCCACAGGUUCAGUAGCUCUUCAGUUCUUGCACACUCAAUUGUCAAUCCAAUGUCAUUGCAUUCGAGAUUGGACUUGAGCAGGAAAAGCGUUUGAGGGUAUUAGGAGCUAAUGCCCUCCCUCACCCUCAGACAAAACCAGUUAAACCCACACACCACUGCAUUCUCCCCAAAGCAAUGAACAAUACCUCUCAUGGUGCAUGCACAUCAUUCAUUGCAAUCCAUUUGAUGGUAAGGAAGGGGUUAAACUUUGGCGGAUGAGACAUACCUUGUAAAGAUAGAUCAAGCUGAACCAUUUUACCUUCGGUAGAAGGUGGAGUGUCAAAGUAACUGAGGUUUUUUUUUGUUGGUAGCAAUAAACUUGUCCUUGUGAUUAAUCGUUAACUUUGAUUUAUUUCUCAUAACCCACAGUUGAAGUAGUUGGCAGAAUUACUAGAGAGGAACAAUCAGGGAAUCCCGAGACAUGGAAUAAAUCUAGUACAAGAUCGAAUCUGACACCAGGGCAAAAUAUUCCAGAUACUGCAAAUCUGAUACUUAGCUGGUCUGACAGUGUUUGUGGAGAGAAAAGUGGCCAAUCUUCAAAUUUAUCAUGGAUUUUUCAUCUUUUACAGGUAGACUUUUCAUUUAAGCUGGCAUUCUACUGUAUUCACGUUUCUAAACCACCUCAUGCUCAUAAGGAGACCGGCAGUUAGGUCAACCACAAUAUUGUGAGCUGUAGUCAGGUAAUGUGAUGGUAGCCCCAGUGUGAACAGUCACCAUCUCAAAAGUGAAGAGUAUUCAGGUUUACACUGCUUACUUCCCACCCUAACUGGCAGUCUCAUUAUUUCACACUUAAUCAACAAGUACCUGUUGGGCUUAAUCAUCUAACGCAGCAGAUCACAGCUACAGAACUCAGCUUUGCCAUCCAUUGUAAAUGGUGAACCAGGCGUGUACGUUUUGCUGUUCUGAUAUUGUGUACAAUAUGUGACCCUAUCAUCUACCAGAUCCAGAGUUGUAGGAACUGAAAACUUGUUCAUAAAACCUGGUUUGGUACUAGGGUACCUACUCACUAUCCUGGUGCACUUGUCACCUUAGGUUUUCAGUGCUGUUUGGCUCUCACCAGAAUUCAAAUUUAUCUGAUAUGUUGCUGAAUAGGAAUAGCUAAUGUUACAUCCCUAAUAUCAGUGCAGUGUGAUAAUACAGUUAACUUGAGGGCACUUCUGAAGCAAGGAGUGAAAAGCAGGGAUAUUCCUAGACUUUGUGCAUGUAUUGGGUGAGGUGUUGGGUUGGUUUCGAUUCACUGGUGAGCUUUGGCAUUGUUUCAAAAGACAAGAGUAGUCCCUAAUAAGUUAACCUUUCAAGGAGUGGCAAAAAUAGUCCUCCAACCCUUCAUUCCCCCACUCCAUUCUCUUCCUUCUCCCCCUGCCCCCACUAUAAUGCUCCCCAUGUACCUAUUGCACCACUGACAACUUGCAGCUCCCUGUAGCUUGGAGCAAAUUCCAUUGUAGGAAUGAUCAGUGCCGGGCAAACUAUUAUAUGCUGCAGAACUGUAUUUUUUUGUUUUGGUAAUCAGUCAGAAAGGACUCCCGGUAUCAGUUCAGCAGAGAAAAUGUUUUAACCUGUGGCUAGAUAUCUUUUGUAGCUUUUGUCGGAUAGUAACAUAAUCAUCAUCUCCUACAUGGAUUCCACGCGGAUGCAGCCCGUGAUGAGAGCAGUUUUUAAAUGUUGGUGUGUGACCAGCUCUUUCUCAUAUGCAUCAUCCUCCUCACAAUGGUGAACAUUUGUCCUUGACAGCCUCCAUUUGAUAAGUUCACUCUAAGGCAAGGUUUAGCUUUUUUGCACAGUCUUGUACUUGUGUCCCGAAAUACAUUGUUUAGUUCCUGAAUGUAUGGCCUCAUCUUUCAGCUGAAGAGAGAGACUCAAUUGAAAACCUCAUCAGUCAUUUGGAAGGUACACAGUUCACAUCACCUUUAAGCAAAUGUUUGUGUGUGAAUUGCUGAAUCACAGGCUGAUUUGGCAUUUUUUUCUUUCUUUUCUGAUAUUAUUUGCUCUAAAGACCCUAAUUCUUGCUUUAUUGAGUUGCUUUCCUAUUGAAUGAUUGAUUGAAAUGUAUUUGCCAACAUAUACUGCGUACGAAACUCCAGUGGGGGGCCUUGGAUUCGGUCUCAGUGUUCAGACCUAGUUGGUGCACGCAUUCUGUUUUGGUGCUUGGGGCCAGUGGAUCCAUUUAAGUCUAGACUUGGUGAGGUUAUCGAUUGGAUGGAGGGGCCGUAUAAAUCUGUACAGAGCUCAUGACCUGAACUGGUCUGGGCUGAGUGGCACGUAUUGAAUUUGUCCAUUCCCACCAACUCCCCCUCAGGAUGCUGACAACAUUUGACUAUCCUGGAGAAGGUAUCUGAACCACUGCACUCUGUGGUGAAGGUGCUGUCACAGUGCCAAUAGCCCUGAAGUUCCAAGAAAUGACUGUCUCCCCUUUCCACUGAGCUAGGGAAAGCAUUCUGAAUAUUCCAUGUGCUGCUGCAUGGACAUGACAACUUGGUGAAAACAUAUUGGGACUCGAUUGUGGUUUGAUCACCAUUCUCCUAUUUCUCUGACCUUGCUAGUCACUUAUAGUCAUUGAAAGCCUUCCUGAAUAAUCAUUCAUGUUGAGGCAGCAGCUUUUGGGGGAAGAGGGCAGAUGACAAGGCAGAGUGGGGUUGGUGGAGUGGAGUCAGUCACUGUGGAGUUAUAAUGCCAGCUGAACUCCAUUUCAGUGGGUUUGUUCACAAUAAGGGACAGUGAAUGAGAUGCAACCUGCUUUCCUUUGGUUCUAAUUUUUAAAAAUGCACAUUCACUUGUGUUAUGCUGUAAUCACAGUUACAGAGCACCUUUUCAAUCUUUUUUGUCCCCUGAAGACAGGUGACAGAUACUGGGGAUAGUUCACAGCAAAGGACUGGGCCAAUACUGACACUGUUCCUGAAGUGCUACUUUUUUUUAAAUCUAACUAAAACGUUUCAAUUUGAGUUCUUUGAAAAGGAAAAUGAAACUUUGUGGGCUUGGUUUGUGUCUCUCUUGCCUCCCCCACCACCCACUGGACUUUUAUUAUCGGUUUUCCCUGCCCAUGCUUGUUCUCUUUAUCAUAAUCCCCCCCCACCACCACCACCUUCUUUGUUUUGUCAUUUUCAAUCUGUCACUUACACUCUGUUCCCUGGUUUUCAAUCUUCCACCCAUCCCACUCAUGCCUUCUGAUUUCGGAUUUCCCCUCAAAUCCAGCCCCAACUUUGUUGCAAUCUUUGUUUUCUGUCACUGUCUUUUAAAACAAAUUUGUUGUGAAAGUGAAAUGUUUGCAUUUCAGUUUGUUAAUUUUACCUGAAUUAAAAACAAGACAGUUUCGUUUUUGUC